AUGCAUCUAUCGGGCGCCUUCAAUCUAAAACUGAUGGAUGGAGACGGUACGUAUCCAUCCUGCAGCCGCAACGGGGAAGGGGAGGACAGAUGGGAAGAGGAGAGGAGAGGGGAGGGGGAGGAGGAGGAGAAGAACAAGAAGGAGGCAACCUCGUUCCCCGAUUGGAGCUGCGAGAAGGCCCAAAAGCGGGCGGGGGCGGUCAGAGAAGAGUGGCGGAUCUCUGAAACGGGCCCUUUGGAACGAAGGGUGAGAGACCUCCUGGGUUCAAACUCGCUUUUGGCGGCCACUCGCAUGGACGCCGUCGACGCUCUCCGAGCCUUCUUCGUCUUCGCAUCCUGUACGAUCCUGUCGGUGACCCUGUCGCAAUCGCUCCGCUCGCGCUUCGUCCCUUAUGGCGCCCGUGCAACCUCGACAACCGAGUCGAAUUCGAAUCCCUCGCCCUCUGAGUCCUCGUGGGGCUCUCCGGUCACACGCCCCCUCGACUACCUCGCUGCCUUGAAGGUACCCCAUGGCUACUUCACGCAGUUUUACAUCGCGUCGGUGCUGUCGUCGAUUUUCUGGGCUGUGCAGCUCCUGUCUCGCGGGGCUGCCUUCGAGGCUGUUGCGACCAGGAUUCGCCCGGAACGCCUGCAGGAUGUGAUGACCUUGAACCAGAUCCUGCUGUGCUGGGCAUUGGUGCUCGUUCAGGGUAUAAGGCGCUUGGUGGAGUGCCUGGCACUCUCGAAGCCAUCGUCAUCUCAAAUGUGGUUCGGCCAUUGGCUUAUUGGCAUUGCUUUUUAUGUGGCAGUGUCGGUUGCAAUCUGGAUCGAGGGCGCCGGCACCCUGCUGGCUCACGAGUACACCCUCGACCAUAUCAAAAUCACCAACGUACCUUCUCUCCGCACAUUUCUCUGCCUGCCACUCUUCCUUUUCGCGUCGGGUCUGCAGCAUGACUGCCACUUCUACCUCUUCUCACUCAAGAAGUACACCGUCCCCGCUCAUCCGUUGUUCAACAGGAUUGUGUGUCCGCAUUACACUGCGGAAUGUGCUAUCUAUUUGUCGUUGGCGCUGCUAGCCGCCCCGCCGGGAGAAUGGGUCAACAAGACUAUUCUGUCAGCGCUGGUGUUUGUCGCAAUCAACCUUGGUGUCACUGCCGGAACCAGCCGAAAGUGGUAUGCGCAGAAGUUUGGCGAGGAGUCAGUGCGGGGGAAAUGGAACAUGAUUCCAGUGGUGUACUAA